GGUCGACAGUCAUUUCUCAAUAUUUUCUAGCUGAGCUCAUUUCCCAAUUUGUUCCAAAAUAGGUUUUACCUAAGCCAAAUUGCUACAUAUCUUAGCUUAUUUACAAGAACUGUCAUUAAACUAUAUACCAAGAAUGGCAGAGUGUGACCCGAAUGAGCAGAAAGCCAAGGGUUUUAUUGAACAAGCUGAGAAAAAACAGAAGACAUCCUCAGGAUUUGGUGGUUUUCUGUCUGGGGUGUUCGGUGGUGGAUCGUCAAGUUCAAGGUUAGAGGAAGCUGCCGAGCUUUAUGUACGAGCAGCCAAUGCAUUUAAGAUGGCUAAGAAAUGGAAGAGUGCUGGCGAUGCAUUCUGCCGCGCUGCCGAAUUACAUAUUAAGACGGGCACCAAACAUGAAGGGGGGUCAAAUUAUGUCAGUGCAGCAACUUGUUACAAGAAGAGUGAUCCAAAUGAGGCUGUAAUCACUAUGCUCAAGGCUAUAGAAAUAUUCACUGAUAUGGGUCGGUUUUCCAUGGCUGCCAAACAUCAUAUCACCAUAGCAGAGAUAUAUGAAACUGAACUUAUUGACACUGACAAGGCUGUGUCUCACUAUGAACAAGCUGCCGAUUAUUACAAGAGUGAGGAAUCCACAAGUUCAACCAACAAAUGUCUAAUGAAGGUAGCCCAUUAUUGUGCUCUGUCGGAACAGUAUGAAAAGGCAAUUGAAAUUUAUGACCAGAUUGGUACAACGGCCAUGAAUCACACGUUAUUAAAAUACGGCGCUAAGGAUUACUUCUUCAAGGCGACUUUGUGCAGUCUUUGUAUAGACCUUCUCGCUGGGACGGAAGCCAUGGAGAAAUAUGAAGAUAUGUUCCCACAAUUUGCCGAAGCACGAGAAUGCAAACUGCUGAAGACAUUGAUGGAGGCUCUGAAGGAAGAGGAUGUGGACACUUUCACCGAUGCAGUGAAGGACUACGAUAGUAUAUCACGCUUAGACCAGUGGACCACGACGAUGCUUCUACGUGUCAAGAAGACGAUGGGAGAGGACGACAGUGCGAGAUAAACUCGUCAAAAGGACUGAAUAUGCAAUCUUAAUAUAUAGCAGAAAUGUGGUGUAAAUUUCGUUUGAUUUUAUGGCAUUUGUGGAUAAAAUGGAAUUCCAUUGAAUCUCUCCCUUAGGAAUGAGCUUGUUAGAGGGUGUCUUGUUCACGGAGGUCUCAUGCAGACGACAGACUGACGCAAUCUGAGAUGUCUCCAAAUCAAAGGUGGUGACAUCCCUAUUUCUGAAGUCGCAUUGGUCAUUGAACACAGCAUGAAGUUCCUGUAUUUUCUAUCUUGAAGGGAAAUUUGAAAAGGUUCCAUCUCAUGCAGAAGUGGUCAGACGUGGUUUAGAGAUAUUACCAGUACCUCGGGCAUGACCAAGGCUAAUAUUCAAUUUCACCCAAUGAUCAUUUCCAUUGCACGACACAAGUGAGGACUACUGUCGUCUUUGCUGUCAACAUAAAGUUUUCGUGAUGCGCACGGAGAAAAAGCAGAACUUUCCGUUUGAAACAUCACCCUUGUUAGGGUACCAAAGACAAUCAGUGAGGGGGAUUUCCAUUGAAAUCCUAGGAUGACUAGUCUUUGAAAGGCUUUGGGGCUUCUGGUGAUUUGGAUGAUGGGGAUCUCGCUAGCAAUGCUGUUUCAUGUAGGCUAAAGUCUGGAUUUGUUCUGUCGCAAAAUUUACCUGCUAUGCCAUAACCAUAGGUGUAGA